AUGGAUGAUUUUGACGAUUAUGAGAAUGAGAUUUAUGAUCAUAGGGUUUAUGAUGAUGAGAUGGAUAUUUUUGAGAAUAAUAAUUAUAAUGGUGAAGUAAUCGCUCCAAAUGAUUCUAUCUCUGUAUUGUCAGUUUCAGAGUCUUUAAUUACCAAUUCAAGUGCCAAUCCAAGCACCAAUUUAAACACCAAUUCAAACACCACCAAUUCAAGCACCAAUUCAAGUGUUAAUCUAAACACCACCAAUUUAAGUGUUACUAUUAACACUACUGAAACAUCUAGUGAAACAGCUACAUCAAGAAAUAGAUCCCCUGUAUGGGAAAAUUUUUCUAUAUUAGAAAGUGAUCAAAAAGCCAAAUUUAUGGAUGAAUUAAGCUUUCAGUUCAUUGAAAAGCAAGGUUUUCAAAAAUUUGUUAAUGGAGUAUUACCUGGUUUUACUAUUAGUGCCGAUACAAUAAAACAUGAUAUUAUGAAGACCUAUAAUAAAAUAAAGGCUUUGUUGCAAACAAUUACUCUUGACAAUGUGGCUUCAAAUGAUGUUGCAGUUCGUGAAUUAACUAAUAAUAUUUUACAGGAGUUAAUUGACAUCAAAAAUGAAAUUUUUCAUAAUUGUUGUCUUGCUCAUAUUCUUAACCUUAUUGUAAAAGAUGAAUUAAAGAAAAUUUCAGAGAAAAUCAAAAUGAUUCGUAGUUGCAUUAAAGCAAUUCAUACAUCACCAAAACGACGCCAAAUGUUUAUUGAUACUUGCGAAUAUGAGUCACUUAGAAGUAUAAUUCUCCUAUUAGACUGUGAAACUAGGUGGAACUCAACAUUUAUGAUAUUACAAUUAGCAAUAAAAUUAAAAGCUGCAAUUAUUAGAGUAAAAGAUAGAGAUAAAGCUUUUCUGGACGUACCAAAUGAAGAAGAAUGGGAAAAAGCAAAAGCUAUUUGUAUAUUAAAUGCAUUAGCAAAUUUUUAUUCAACAAUUAAUCAUACGCUUCUCUCUAUUUUAGAUAUUCAUACUCAUAUUUUUAAAAUGAAAUCUCAUUCUGAUAUCUUUAUUCGUAAAGUUAGCUUGUCUAUGAUUGAAAAAUUCAAUAAAUAUUGGGAAAAUGGCAACUUACUAUGUAUGAUUGCAUACAUUCUAGAUCCUCGAUACAAAUUACAAUUUAUAUCAUUUUAUUAUCAUAAAAAAGAAGAACAAGAACCAGAUUAUGUUGAUGAAAAGGUACAAGAUAUUCGUACAAGUUUUAAAGACAUUUAUCUUAACUAUUAUUCUCCUUCGGUUCUUGAACAAAGUCCAACUAAUACUGAAAACGCCACUAGUAUCAAGAAUAAUGCUCUAUUAUAUGAAGAUUAUAUCGAUGAUUAUUAUGAAUAUGUGAUGAAAAAAACAGACUAG